UACUUUCCUUAUUGGGGAUUUAUGGAUAUUUUAUUAUGUCAGCAGACAGGGUAACCUUUCGUGGUGGUGGUUGUCGCUGAUAGCGAAACGAGAAAACCGGUGCUGCUGCUGCUUCUUCCCACACAACGUCAACAUCAACGUUGUAAAUACUCAGCAAGAAUGGAGUCGCUGUCAUCAGAAAUCCCCUCGGAGAUCCCGUCAGAGAUCGUAUCUCCACACUACUUCACGCCUGGAAUACUGUCAGGGCUGAUAGUGUCGCUGCUACUCAUUGCGAUCCUCGUCACUGCGAUUUCAUGGAUGCUCUCCCUAGACAUCAGUUACGGGUCAUUUGAGAAGAAGGUUGAUAGUAAAAAGACGAAAUAGAGAUGCUACGGGUGUUUU